AGAAGAAGAAAAAGAAGAAGCAGCUGGCCUGGGCGGAGCUCCAAUGAGGAACCACAACAACAUAACGUCGUCAGAAAUAUCAAUGUUAGAUUUGUAGAAAUGCAUUUUAUCCUCCCCACGUUCAGUCCCUAAGUGAAGUGUCUGAGCUCAAGAGUGUUUGCAUGAAGCCUUUGGAUACGACUGGUACUUAAUACUACUGACCAACACUAUGGAGGAGACGAGCCGGGAAGCGGUUGCCACGGCAGUGCAGCGUGUGGCAGGAAUGCUGCAGCGAUCUGACCAGCUGGACAAGGUGGAGCAGUACAGAAGAAGAGAGGCACGCAAAAAGGCCUCUGUGGAGGCCAGGCUGAAGGCAGCCAUCCAGUCCCAGCUGGAUGGUGUUCGCACUGGACUGACCCAGCUGCACAGUGCCCUGCUGGAUGUCAAAGACAUCCAGGGCUCACUGGCUGAUGUGAGUAAAGACUGGAGGCAGAGCAUCAACACCAUAGAGAACCUGAAAGAUGUCAAGGAUGCUGUAGUCCAACACAGUCAGCUGGCCUCAGCUGUGGAAAACCUUAAAAACAUUUUCUCUGUUCCAGAGAUUGUGACAGAGACGCAGCAGCUGAUAGAGCAGGCCGAGCUGCUGCAGGCCCACAGGAAGCUGAUGGAACUGGAGUGUUCACGUGAUGACCUCAUGUAUGAACAGUACCGUAUGGACAGCAAGAACACCAGUGACAUGAACCUCAUCUCCAUUUACUUUGAAGAUGUUCAAGGGUUGUCAGAUGAGCUGGCCAAGCAGUUAUGGAUGGUACUGCAGAGGUCCAUGGUUACAGUCCGUCGUGACCCUACCAUGCUGGUGUCAGUGGUUCGCAUCAUUGAGCGGGAGGAGAAGAUUGAUCGACGUAUGGUCGACCGUAAGAAGCAGACUGGGUUUAUCCCACCUGGGCGGCCCAAACGGUGGAAGGACAAGAUGUUCGAGGUGUUGGAGGGUACAGUCAGCACCCGCAUUGAGGGCACCCAGGCAGUGACGAGAGAGGUUGAUAAAAUGUGGCUGGUUCGUCUUCUAGAAAUAACCAGGAAAUAUGUUCUGGAUGACCUCAUUGUUGUCAAGAACCUCAUGGUGCAGUGCUUCCCCCCACACUACAACACUUUCAACAGGUUUUUCAGUCUCUACCACAAUGCUGUGUCCACUCGUGUCAAAGAACUGGCCUCUGAGGACUUGGAGGCUAAUGAGAUCGUUUCCCUGCUAACCUGGGUCCUCAACACAUACAAGAGGGUUCUCUCCACAUCCACUUCUAAUAUAACAGGCUGGCUGCGGAAGGCCCUGGAAACAGACAAGAAGGACUGGCAGAAAGAGACAGAGCCUGAGGCUGACCAAGAUGGAUACUACCAGACCACACUGCCGGCCAUUGUCUUUCAGAUGUUUGAGCAGAACUUGCAAGUUGCUGCACAGAUUGAUGGGGAUUUUAAAGAGCAAGUUCUAAAGCUCUGUCUGAAACAGAUGAACACUUUCCUUAUCAGGUACAGAGAGGAGGCGGUGAAUUACAAAGAAGAGCACCUGAGAGACAGACAGCUGCCUCAGUGUUAUGUACAGUACAUGAUUGCCAUCAUCAACAACUGCCAGACAUUCAAAGAGUCUAUUAACAGUCUGAAGAGGAAGUACUCCCAGUCCUCAGAGCCCACUGACAGUGAUGCUGCCAUAGAGCGGACACUCAAUGAGGUGGCCAAGGAGGGAUGUCAGUUCCUAUUGGAUGAAGUCUUCCUAGACCUUGAACAUCACCUGAAUGAGCUGCUGACCAGGAAGUGGCUGACAGGCUCUCAUGCUGUGGACACCAUCUGUGUGACAGUGGAGGACUACUUUAAUGACUUCAACAAGAUCAAGAAGCCCUUCAAUCAGGAGAUGACGAGCGAGGCUCUGCGCAGGGUGGUGGUGGAGUACAUUAAAGCAGUGAUGCAGAAGAGGAUCACCUUUAAAAACGCUGAUGAGAGGAGGGAGGGAGCUGAGAGGAUGAUCAAAGAGGCUGAUCAGUUUAAGUUUCUCUUCAGGAAACUGGCUGCUGGUGAAGACACAGACCCGCUUUGUGGUGCCAUCGCUGCCAUUGCUGAAGUCUUCAAGCUGACUGACCCCACACUGCUGUUCCUGGAGGUCACCACUCUGGUGUCCAAAUAUCCUGACAUCAGGGAGGAACACAUCCAGGCGUUGCUGGCAGUGCGUGGUGAUGCCAGCAGGGAAAUGCGCCAGAUGAUCAUUGGGACUCUGAGUGAAAACAAAGUAUCCUACGCUGGUGUCACACAGCCCAUCUUCAAAGACAUCAGUGUGCCCACUAUAACCAUGACCACCAUGACUACCAUGACCUCCAUGGCCACUGCAAAGCUUCUCAAAUAAAGCCAAUAAUCACAACACUAUUUCCACCUUCAGCACCUUCAGACAUGAUAACUUAGAAAAAUUGUUUUUCCAGACAUUUAAUUACUUAGAUUUUUUUUUUUAAUGCAGUGUGCUGUGUUUCUGUCCUCAACCUUUGUGUGCUCUUCUGUUGUCAUCCUGAUCACCUCUGCUUCAAGAAAAUAAUAAAAUUAUAGUUGUAA